CGCGUGGUACAGUCAAUUUGCAACCAAGACAUCUACUGUAAUUACUGUACGAGAAAUUAGAAUACCUGCUUUCCCAAUCCAAGGAAAGCUCUAUUUGGCUAGAGUUUUAAGAAAAAGAGCAAAUGCUAGAUUUUUGAUACAAUUUCAACAUUUUUCUUUCAAAGUACUGCACACUUUUAAGUUCUUGCGUUCAUAAACGCUCGUUGAUUAAUUUGCAAGUACUUGUAAAAAUGGCCGCCUCUGGUGUUAGUGCAACUUCUGUGGACGAUAAAGUAACCUUGAUUACAAAAAAUUUAAAGGAGGUUUUGGGCGAAGAAAAAAUCAAAGAAAUCGUUUCUGAAAGACCAUUGAAAAUUUAUUGGGGCACAGCAACUACUGGAAAACCACAUGUAGCUUACUUUGUGCCAAUGACGAAAAUUGCUGAUUUUUUGAAAGCAGGAUCAGAGGUUACUGUUUUACUGGCAGAUCUCCACGCGUACUUGGAUAAUCUCAAGGCACCAUGGGAACUAUUAGAAUAUCGUGUGCAGUAUUAUGAAGAAAUUAUAAAAGGAAUGUUAGAAUCAAUUGAUGUACCAUUAGAAAAACUCAAGUUUGUCAAAGGAACAACCUAUCAACUUAGCAGGGAAUACAUUCUGGAUGUGUAUAAAUUAUCCACAGUUGUAACUGAGCAUGAUGCCAAAAAAGCCGGAGCAGAAGUUGUGAAGCAAGUGCAACAUCCAUUGCUUAGUGGACUUCUUUAUCCUGGAUUGCAGGCGAUCGAUGAAGAAUAUUUAGGUGUGGAUGCUCAGUUUGGUGGCUUGGAUCAAAGAAAAAUAUUCACAUUUGCUGAAAAGUAUUUACCAACUCUAGGAUAUAAAAAACGAAUACAUUUAAUGAAUCCAAUGGUUCCUGGCUUAACUGGAACAAAAAUGAGUUCUUCUGACGAAGAUUCAAAGAUAGAUAUUUUGGAUAGUGCUUCAUCGGUCAAAAAGAAAGUGGCAAAGGCGUUCUGUGAAGAGGGAAACAUAAAAGAGAAUGGCGUACUGUCGUUUGCUAAGUUUGUCAUCUUUCCAAUUUUAGAAUUACAAGGAGAAAGUGAAUUUUGGAUUCGGCGCAGCGAAGCAAAUGGCGGGGAUGUUUCUUUCAAGACUUUCCAACAGCUGGAAGAAUCGUUUGGAAGAAAGGAGGUUCAUCCACAAGACCUCAAGAAUGGUGUUUGCAUUGUUUUGAAUAAGUUAUUGGAUCCAAUCAGGAAGAAAUUCGAAUCUAGUGAACUGCAGAAAUUGAAGCAACAGGCUUAUCCAGUUGAGAAAGCAAAAAAAGCAAAAGGCAGUACCGAAUCGAAUCGAGACGUCGAUCCUUCAAGACUGGAUAUCAGAGUGGGAAAAGUAAUAUCGGCUGCAAAGCAUCCAGAAGCGGACUCGUUGUACUUAGAAAAAAUUGAUGUCGGAGAAGCAGAGCCGCGCACUGUGAUCAGCGGUCUCGCCGGGCUUUACCCUUUGGAAAAACUUGAAGGUCGCGACGUUGUGGUGCUUUGCAAUCUAAAACCUGUGAACAUGCGCGGCAUCAAAUCUGAAGCUAUGCUGUUGUGUGCAAGUCUUACUGGCUGUGAUGGUGAACGAGAAGUUUCUCCUCUAGAUCCACCUCCCCAGAGUAAACCGGGCGACAGGGUGAUAGUUGAAGGUUAUGAACAUGAUAAAUUAGGAGAACCGGAUGCGCAACUUAAUCCAAAAAAGAAAAUAUUUGAAAGCAUACAGCCCGAGCUUGUGACGUCGGAAGUUGGCAUAGCUGAAUACAAAGGGAGCUCCAUGGCAACGAAACUUGGUAAAAUUACAUCGUCGUUGAGAAACGCGAAAAUUUCGUAGAACUGUUUGUAUUGAAUAGUGAUAUUAAUAAUGACGCACUCCUUGUUAGGCGAACACUAUUUUACGAAUUUACUCCUGGUGCAACACUGAUAUAGCUACAUUUUUGCCGUUGGCACCAUUUUCUAAAAUGGCGCAAUUUUUUCUCUAAAGGAGAAAAACUAUUUCUUUUAUAUUACACAGAUGCAGUAAUCAAA